AUACCAACAAUGCAAUUGAUCAGCGGGCUGGGCUGGGCACAAUCGAAGCUGUCGGUGGCGGCGGCAAGCGUCGCGUCGUCUUGGCUCCAAACCUUCAUGAGAAUAGACGGGAAGGGAAGUUGGCCUUGCGCGGUGGAGCCAGUUGCCUCAUCUCGACGCAAGCCAGCGACGCGCAGAGAAAUAACGUGCAUAUCGCGAUUGCAUGUUUGUUCUUUUCCACCAACCCAUUGCCACCCACCUCCCUCCCUCUCUCCCUCAUUCUUCCCACCCGCUCAUCAGAAUUACUCAUCCAUCUCAUCACUCCCGCAUUGAUCCCAUCCUGCAUUGCAAUUGCUGUCCAUCCGCCCGCUCCGCACGCUUCCGGACCAAACCCCCCCGACGCCACAGGCUUGCGCCAGCUGGUGUUGGCCCCUCCCCUACUUCCUCCCCUUCGCACACCCUCGCUCCGCAGCCGCUUCAACACACACGAUGGAGGGCGACCCGCGAGACCACGACUUCGACCAGCGCCUCGAUGGCCCGCAUCAGGAGCCCACCCGACCCUCCGAAUCCCACCCCUUCCCUCCCACCGACCCCGACACGCUCGAGAAUAAAAAGGGCCGCGCGCAGACCGUCGACUUCGGGGCAUUGGGUCAGCCUGGCAGCGACACCUCCGCCCCGCAUCGAACUACUUCCAACCCCAAUGUCGCCUCACCCCCGCGACACAGCAUCCAAGCCAUCCGCACCCGGGCCAGUCGCGAUAUGGGCCGUCGCUCCAGCCGCGACUUUGAUCGCAGAGUCGAUGGCCCAUUCGGCCGGCCGUCUCUGACAAUGACAAGGAGAAGGAGCGACGGACAUCAGCUGCCCCCCACGCCGACCUUUGUAUCCUCACCAGUCGCACUUACGAGCGAAGAGAGCAAGGAGCUGAACACAGUGGCCACCGGAGACCAACCACCCCCUGCGAGCAUAGAAACGCUGCAAUCUUCCACCGAUCCCGCCUUUGAGCCCGAGCCGCCAUCCCUCAACUACACCCUCCGCACCCGCUACCGAAGCAUCGCCUUCUUCUGGUCUCUCGUCGUCAUCGACAGCACCGCAAUGCCCCUCGGUCUCUACUACGGCCUCCACUACGGCACCAGCUUGUCUCCAAACACCGUCUUUUCCAUCGUCACCGCUGCCAUCGGAGGCAUAAGCAUCGUCGAAUACUGUGUGCGAUUCUGGCGGCUGUGGAAGCACUCCAGCACUUGCCGGGUGAUUGGCGCUAGGAGAGCCUAUCUGGACUGGUUUCACUGGAAUCUGUCGGUUGGCUGGUUCAUUGUCAUGAUUGAGCUCAUUGUCGGUACUGUCUUUACACACCCUCCCAUCCGCCUGCUCUCUAUGCCCUUGACAUCAAUGCUGUACGCCUUCGGCAUCGAGUUGCUCAUCGUCGACGUCCUCCGCUACUUCCAUGUCCCGGCACCAGUCCGCCUGUCCUCCAUUCCCAAAGGAGCACAGCUGCGGCCGUGCGUGUACAGCUUCAUCGAGGACGUGUGCGCGGUCGAUGGCAGUGGCGGCACCGAGUUCCGCGAGGCGCUCAACCGACGCUACGAAGCCAGCCACAUCUUCCGCGCCAUGUUGCGUCGCCUCGGCCUCUUUUGGGCCGUGGGGUCGAAUGCGACCGCCGUGUUGUGCACCAUUCUCAUCUUCACCCUGGACAAUCAUGACGCGGUGUAUGCAAUUGGCUGGUCUGUGCCGUUCAUCUGGGCCGGCAUCUGGGUGCUGAUCACCAUUUGGUACGUGAAGAAGAAGUUGAGGGAGGAGAGCAAGGCUUGGACGGAGGAGGUCAAUGCCACCAAGGCCGCGGUUUAAAUGCGUGGGAGAGUCUGUACUUUCUUUUGUCGGGUUGGACGAUGAAGAUCCGCCGACCUUUUAACGAUUGCAUGCGGACAGUGAUUUGUAGCGUUGGUUAUACACAAGCGUUGGCUAUACGCAUGACAUGGCGUUGUUGGGG